AUGGGUCGUAUUAUCAGAGGUCAGCGUAAGGGUCGCGGCUCUGUGUUCAAGUCGCACGUGCACCUUCGCAAGGGUGCCGCCAGGCUACGCAGGUUCGACUAUGCUGAGCACCACGGCUACGUCCGUGGCGUCGUGAAGGGGAUCAUCCACGACCCUGGUCGUGGUGCCCCUUUGGUCAAGAUCGACUUCCGCAACGCCUACAAGUAUGGCACUGACCACGAGCGCAUGGUGGCCGUGGAAGGCAUGUACACUGGCCAGUACGUAUACUUCGGGCGUGAGGCUCGUCUCGCUAUCGGCAACUGCCUUCCCGUCGGCAAGAUGCCUGAGGGUACCAUCAUUUCCAGUUUGGAGGAGAAGCGCGGCGACCGUGGCCGUCUUGCUAAGGCAUCUGGCACCUACGCCACUGUGAUCGGACACUCUGACGACGGCAAGAUGACCAGGAUUCGUCUCCCGUCUGGUGCUCGUAAGAGCGUGGAAUCUGCCUCUCGUGCGAUCGUGGGUUUGGUUGCUGGUGGUGGUCGUAUCGACAAGCCGCUGUUGAAGGCUGGUACUGCCUACUUCAAGUACAAGGCGAAGCGCAACUGCUGGCCGCGCGUGCGUGGUGUGACCAUGAACCCUGUGGACCACCCGCACGGUGGUGGUAACCACCAGCACAUUGGUAAGCCCAGCACUGUGUCCCGUGGUGCUCCUCCAGGACAGAAGGUCGGUCUUAUUGCCGCCCGCAGGACUGGUCUGUUGCGUGGUGGUAAGAAGAAGAAGUUCAGGAACGAGUCUUGA